CGUCGGCGGUGGGACUUCAUUCUCUUUCUCAAUGUCCGCCAUAUCGAAACUAGCGAGAAAUCUUUUAGCUGCUAGGAUAGAGAAAAACAAAAUGAAACAAUAGUUUUUUACACGGCGAAGCACCUUACGGUGCAACGCACAACUACAACAAGUUACAAUGGCGUUUUUUGGAGUGUCUCCAGUUUUCCUUUUUCCUGCCGCUCCAUUGGCAGAUAUUUAUUCACGUUUAUCAUUCGGCAUCGUCAACGAGAAGAAGAAUGGAAUCUUGCAAAAUAUUGGAUUCAGAUUGGGAGAGGUGGGGGCUUUGGGCGAAUUCUGUCAACAACAACGACGGCAUCUUUGAUUUUAGCAGUUCUCUGGAUGAAUUGUUAACAUCCGACUUAGUGGAUGGAAACAACAAUGAUGCAAAAUCAGACGUGUUUGCGAAGUGGAUGGAUGAAAAGAUGGACUUGUCCACCAUGCAUCUAGAAAGUCAGUCGGGUCUUCUGGAUGAUCUAGAUGUGAUGAUUGAAGACCCAGCUACCAUUCUGGAAAUCAUGAUGGGCGCUCCAUCGGAUAUACUGGAAAGCGAUUUAGAAGUUUUGAAUUUUAAAUCCGAGAAGAACGAUGGCCCGACCAAAGAGGCGUCGGAGUUUGCGGCCACUCCGGACUCGCCCGGAGGUAGAGUUCCCGACAACAGUUUUGCAUUGUCUCCGGAAUAUCAGCAGGAAUCAUUUUAUAAAUCGGUUUCUCCCGAAAAUCCAUCUCCCGCAAAAGAGAUAGUCGAAGAAAUCGAUCAUUUAGCAUCGUAUUUAAAAGGAGAAGCAAAUUCUCUAGAUGUUCCCACAUUAUCACCCAAUUUUAACGAUUCGCAGUUAUCGCCCAGUGUAUCCGUUUCUAGUUUGGAAACAUUAGAUUCCGUAGAUUCUAAAGAUUCGUACGAUAAAAUAGAGGCACAAUGUAGUUCAUCCAACACAGAUUUAGCACACGCAGCAGAGGGUGUUCAUUUUCGUUUCGAUUCGCACGAGAACAAUGCAAUGUUAGAAGAAUCCGAAAUACCGGAAGUCGGUCACAAGACCAAAGCCAGAUCACAAAAUCACAAACGAUCGGUUACUAACCGUGGUCCUCCCGCGGGCGAAUUUCGGCGGGAACGUAAGCGCAAACAGAACAAAGACGCUGCCACUCGGUAUCGCCAGAAGAAACGCAAAGAAUCCAUGGCAAUUAAAACCGAAGAAACCGUUUUGGCCGAACGUAAUCAGGAAUUGAAAAGUCGAGUCCAGCAGCUCUCUAACGAAAUAUCCUAUCUGAAGGGCCUCCUGAAGGAAGCGAAAUUAAGGAUGCAAUCUUCAUGAAGAUUCCAAAGUAAUCACCAAGAGCGUAGCCUUUACGAUGAUUUUUUUUUCCCAUGUCAGUUGCCGUUAAACCAGUUGUUUGCAGAAAAUAAGACGAAGAUCGUGUAGCUUUCAAAUGAGAUAUUCUGUUGAAUGUGUACGUUAAUUUUUUUUAAUACUCUUCUUGAUAUAAAUGUAUUAAUUAAUGCGUAAAUAAAUGUAUGGUGAAGGAAAA